GCCCCGCCAGUCAUCAAGCAGCGACCGCGCCUCUGUGAGUGUGUGGGACUACCCAGGACCUGGACCUGGACCUGGACCAGCGCAGCCAGCACGGAAAGGUCGCAGCAGUUUCAGUGUCAUGGACAGCAGCAGUAAUUCCCCCUGCAGAGCGAACACAGGAGCCUCUCCUGACCCGCAGAGCAGAAAAUGACUCAGGGAGAUGGAAUCGGAGGGACAAGCGAUCGCUGCCUCCGCUCCGAGGCCUCCAGGGACCUCGAGCACGCCAACGGUAUGGAGAAAGUUCAAGAGGCCAACGACUGUGAGUCUGAGGAGGCAGGGCGGAGAGGCGAGCACGGUGCCUCGCCAGCUGCGGCGGGAGCGGUCAUGGCUCCGGACGGCGGCUGGGGCUGGGUGGUGCUGGCCGCCACCAUCAUCGUCCUGGCGCUGACUCUGGCGUUCCCGUCCUGCGUGGGAAUCUUCUACAUCGACCUGCAGAAUGAGUUUGACGCCACCAACAGCGAGACCUCGUGGGUGCCCUCCAUCAUGACGUCAGUGCUGCAUGCAGGAGGUCCCUUCUGCAGCGUGCUGGUGGAGCGGCUCGGCUGCAGGGCGACGGUCAUGCUGGGUGGCGUGCUGAGCGGGCUGGGCAUGGCCGCCAGCUCCUUCACCCAGUCCAUCACACAGCUCUACGUCACCGCCGGGGUCAUCACAGGUCUGGGUUUCUGCUUCAGCUUCCAGCCGGCGGUGACGAUCCUCGGUCACUACUUUGUGCGGCGGCGUGCGUUCGCCAACGCCAUGUCGUCGACGGGCACGGCGCUGGGCCUGUGCACGCUGCCUCUGCUGGGUAACUACCUCCACACGGAGCUGGGCUGGAGGGGGAGCUUCCUGGUCCUGGGCGCCGUGCUACUGAACUGCUGUGUGUGCGGCGCCGUGAUGAGGCCCCUGCAGCCCGCCAAGCGCCGGGGCCCGCCGCUGAUGAACCACGGCCCGCCACCUCCGCCCGCGGAGGGAACUGUGACGAAGGAGGAAGGCUGGAGGAGGCGGGCGUGGAACUACGUGGUGUCGUCUCUCAGGAAACACAUGGCGUUCGACCAGCUCUGCCACAACCAGCGCUACUGCGUGUACGCCAUCGGCAUCACCUGGAUGAUGCUGGGCUUCGUGGUGCCCCUGGUCUACCUGGUCCCCUACGCCACCGCUCACAACAUGGAGCAGAGCCGUGCGGCGCUGCUGCUGUCCAUCCUGGGAAUGGUGAACAUCGUGGUGCGGCCGCCCUUCGGCAUCAUCUUCAGCAUGUCCUGGUUCAAAGGUCGCCACAUCUACGUGUUCUCGGCGGCUCUGCUGGUCAACGGGCUAAGCAACAGCAUCUGCUGCAUCGGGCCCAGCUUCCCCGUGCUGCUGGCCUACGUGGCGAUCUACGGGCUGUCCAUGAGCGUGGUGGGCUCCCUCAUGUUCACCGUGCUCAUGGACAUCGUGGAGAUGAAUCGCUUCCCCUCAGCUCUGGGCCUGCUCGCCAUCAUGGAGAGCAUCACGCUGCUCAUCGGGCCUCCACUGGCAGGAGUCCUGAUCGACCGGACGGGUCAGUACCUCCACGUCUUCUUCGCCUGCAGUGCCGUCGUUGCCUCAUCCGGCGUGUUCCUCAUGGUGUCCUUCUUCUGGCUGGACAGGCGGGACAGGACGUCCCCGUCCCCGCAGGGACCGCCGUCCUCCUGCACGCCGGCCGAGCCUCCGGCUGCUGCCGGCUGCCAGUACAGCAGCGUCCCCACAGAGGGAGACAGAGACAGAGACAAGUCCAACGGGGCCGAGUACAUCACCAGCCUCUGAGCACCUCAGACACACACACACACACAC